AAGCAAAACGUCGUCACUCCUUCGCCUCUUCUUUCAGCUGUCGUCUCCCUAUUCCCUUUUCAACGACUGCGACUGCAAUUGCGACUACGCAUAAGACCGAUUCGACAGAGCCGGCUUCGACCGACCAAACAGAACAACUGCAGCAUCCGACCCGAACCCCCAAAAGCUCCGGUCACAAUCUUCUUCCGACGACCACCUUUUUGGCUCUGAGCAUUCCUCGACACCGCCGUCCGGACCUGCAUUGUUUCUGCUUGUCCCCCCCACUGCCGCCGCCGCGGCGAAUAGACCGCCGGACACUCUCACUUGGCUGUACAACUAGUCCGCCCCGUCCAGCAUUUGUUGCAUCUCCGCACAGAGCCGAAUCGCACUGCUUGUGCUUUAUUUUACAUAGCCUUGUCUUUCCCUUCCCUAAACGGAUCCCUCUCUUCUCAUUCUCAACUGCGACGUGUGGGGAACCCAAUAAGGUCGACGGAAAUCCAGACGGGGAAAAGAGAAACAAGAGACAGAGACAUCCACUCUCGCUCGACCUGCAUCGGCCCCCUCCCCCCCCCCUCACCACCCAACGGCGUACCCGACUGCCAUCGCCACCAGCGGCCUCCAACAAGACGACAACCGCCUUGGCUUCGGACGCAUUCUUCGUAUCCCAUCACGAUCCGAAAGAAAGUCAAUCCUCAGCUCGUCACUCAUGACGCCCGUGCUCCCGUCACUAUAAACCCUUUCGGAGACGCUCCGCUCCAUUCUCAACUGUCUAUCCCUCAAUCUCAGCUGGCUUCGCACAACCCUUCGUCGAUAUGGAGGCGACUUCAAGAUACAGGGACCCCGCCGGGCUCCCAAGCAUCCUUAUAGAUUCUUCGAACCCUAGGACAUCGGACCGGUCGGAUCCUUUCAACAUGUAUUCCUCCUCAGUCGCCCUCUCUAUUCCUGGUUCGGACAGAAUCACCAACGCUGCCCCUCCACCUCUACCUCCACCUCCAUUCCCGUUUGGUCAAGGUUCCAUGCAUCAUUCUCAUGAACCCAGGCAAUAUCACCGUGAUCCCUCGUCCUACAGCCCUAGGGAACACACCUACCACGACAGCAUAGGAAGCUUGGAUGACAGGCCGGAUUACAAAAGAGCCGCCUACAGGCAUGAGAGAGAUGAAGGAUAUGCCAGCAUGGGCUCGGCUUCGGCCUCGACGAGAUCCGAAUGCUCUCUACCGAGCAUCUCGGCCGGCUUUGGCUCACACCAUGACAGGUUCCAAUUCAAGUCCAGCGCUGAUGCACUCACCGAUAUGAAGAAGAAGUUGGACCCGUCCAAAACGUUCGACAACAAGCCGGCCAUCUCCCUUCUGAGCGCCUCGAGCGCUUCCGCCCUUGACCCCUUGAGGAGAUUGUCUGGUGACCAACGCAUGCCUCCGCAUCUUGGGCAUGCGACCUUGCCCCUGCACCUGAAAACGUCCAACCUGGCGGAAUCGCCCGACAGAUUCACCCAGACACCACUUUCGGCUUUGUCGCCAUCCCCAGGAAGCUUCCAUCUGGGGCAUGAUCAUAGACCGCCGCGCUCCAUCUCGGACCUGGACCGGUCGCCGCCCAUGCGUUCGAGAAGGAACAACAGCGACGACGCAUCUUCGUACGGAUACGACGCGGAGGACAUGGAAAUCGAAGAGACGAACUCAAUGAAGAGGUUGCGUAUCGAGGAUCCCAUGCGAGCCCACUACGACGGUGUUGGAACGAAGCGGCGUGCCUCCGCCGACCCGGAUGAUAGCGUUCCCCUUGGUUUCACAACCCAAGGCGACUUGCUGCGUCGCCGUGAUGGAAACCAGAGGGCCUCCCCGACGCCUCGUCUGAGCGUCAUCCCCCAGGGCUCUGUUUCUUCCAUCUCUUCGGGAGGGCGCGCAGGCUCGUACAGCUCCAACCUGUCCCUGCUAACCGGCAGCAUUGCCAGCAUCAGUCCGUCCUACGGCCGAGUGUCUCCCGGCGGUCUUUCCCCAGGAGGCAUCUCGCCCGGCGGCACCGAUCCCAGUUGCAGUUCGCCGUACAGCGCAACCAUGUCUUUGAACCCUUCGCCACGCGGUUCUCUUUCUCGCGCACCCCACCAGCGGACCAUUAGCGAAAGCCGGCCUCUCGCUUCCCCACGCAAACUUGCCGAGGUCAGCAAGCCCGUCGGCACCAAGAUCUCGGGUUUCUUCAUGUGCGAUUGCUGUCCCAAGAAACCCAAGAAAUUUGAGACGGCCGAGGAGCUAGCGGCCCACGAGGCAGAGAAGCAAUAUGAAUGCUCGUUCUGCGGCAACAGGUUCAAGAACAAGAACGAGGCGGAGCGCCAUCAGAACAGUCUUCACGUUCGCAGACACAGCUGGAGCUGUUCGGCUCUGAGCCACUACGACCGAGCGUUCCACGACAGCACCAACCGGCCCGGCGAGGCAGACACUUGUGGCUACUGUGGCGAGGAGUUUACCCGGAACGGUCGAGGCCCCGGUGCUUCGGCGCCGCGUCAUGCCACGGAUCAAGACUGGGAGGAGCGCAUCCGUCACCUCCAGGAAGUGCACAAGUUUCGGGAGUGCAACAGCAGCAAGAAGUUCUUCCGCGCGGACCAUUUCCGACAGCAUCUCAAGCACAGUCACGCUGGAACGAGCGGCAAGUGGACAAACAUGCUGGAGAACGCCUGCAUGUUGGACGAGGACCCGACCCCGCGGUGAAGGGCCGAACAAUGCCCGACCCGAAGUCAACAAACCCGAUCGUCUUUUCGGGCUCAUGUUGGUGGAACAGAUGGCGGGGACGCAUAUGCUGAGUGGUUUUAAUUUCGGUUCUUCUUAGAUGGAGAUGGAAGGAAAUACCCGCCCACCGCUCUGGUUAGGUAGCUCCUCACCAGCGAGCGCCGUGGGCAUGUCAAAAAAUCCAAAAGCAACUUAACCGAGCGUAUGGAUAGCAUUUACGGGGGACACGCAGGCUUGGUCUUUUGAUAGUGCCCCGUAUUUGGAGCCUUUGGUUUGUUUUUUUGUUUUUUUGUUUUUUUGUUUUUGGAGUACGGAUGGUUGCAAACGGGAGCUUUUAGGCAACCGGGAUACAUAGUGAUGCAUGUUGUCAGUUGCGCGCGCAUUUCUUGUUGAAGUGGGGAGCUAUACCAGGUAUUGUUAGGCUAGAGAAGGGGGAUGGAGCGGGAAGUUGAAGCGAUACGAUGACAUGAAAGCAUUAGAGGAGAAACAGUACGAUGGAUCCGUGGUGAGCCGGCUGGGCUGGCUAGUGAUGCUUUUUCGUAAAGGGUUCGGAACACACGGGCUGGGCGGGAGCGAAGAAAAAGACUUGGAGCACCAAGUCAUAAACACAACAAAACCGAGAUGAUGGAAGCCAUCUGAAUAAUACAAGAAUUCCAGGCGAAGAC